AUACCUGUAUUUUUAUAAGCACACAGUGGACCUACUGAUAGAGCGUGGAAUUGUUUGCACUGAGGAGGUGCCUCUUCCUGAGGUAUCCAUGGCUAUUUCCCACCUCUGGCAAGAGCUUUCUGAAGAAAAGAGAGACAGCAUCUUGCAGUACUGUAGCCAGAGAGAUUUCCUCAUGGAUCCUAAGGCUGCUUGCCAGGAGCCUGCAUGCACUGAAGGUAGUGUGGGGGACAGUCGAGGUAACAGUGAGGAAGCCAGUGAUUCCUCAGUCUCCACACCAGAGGAAGUAAUGUUUGAAGAUGCGUUUGAUGUUGCUGCUAGUUUCCUUGACAGAAGCGAGACUCAGGGAAUGUCUAGCCAGAGGUAAAUUGCAAAC